AUCGUUGAAUGUUUACGUCAACAUUGUUUGGAAGUUUGGAACGUCUAGAGUUCUUGAUCAGAAAACAAAUAUGCAUCCAACAAACUUGAAAAAAAUAUUUUGUAGACUGUGUCUAAAUAGUAUAAGGGAUGCAAAUUACCAGAUAAUAAGAGAAAACAUAAAGCAUGCUCUAGGAAUUGUUUUUCCAACUCUGAAUUUGGAGGAAAAUGAUAAACAUUUUAUAUGUAAAGUAUGUUACGAGAAAUUAUUUGCCGCUUUUAACUUUAAAUCAAUAUGUAUGGAUACGGAGGACAUUAUUUUUCUUCAUAUUAAUGCCAGUAAAGUAUCAGUGGCUGAUUUAAAAGAAGUUUAUAUAAAAGAGAAGGGAUAUAUUCAGUUAACCGAUGUAGGGGAAAAUCAGAGAAUUUGUCGAUUAUGUUUUCAGUUCGUAACAUAUGGAUCUGUAUCAUUAAAUGAAGUGAAUGUUGACAUCUUGGAUAUAUAUAUACCACAACUU